AUGGCAGCAAACUACUCCGACGACAUCGGCCCUAUGGCCUACCCAAUGAAGCUGGUAUCAUCGGAGAUCGUAGAGCACAUGAUGGGCUGGAACAUUCCGGAGGAGCACCGUGGCAUGGUCCACGAACACUGGCGCAACUUUCCAGCGGUCAACAAAUAUUACCACUUAGUCCUCGCGCUCAUCUACACAAUGCUGAUGAUCACAUCCCUCAUCGGCAACGGCAUUGUCAUCUGGAUAUUCAGCACGUCUAAAUCGCUGCGAAGCGCGAGUAAUAUGUUCGUCAUCAACCUGGCCGUGUUCGACCUGAUGAUGAUGAUCGAGAUGCCGCUACUCAUCAUCAACUCGUUCUACCAAUACCCCGUUGGGUUCCAGCUGGGCUGCGAUAUAUACGCGGUGCUAGGUUCCAUCUCGGGAAUAGGCGGUGCAAUCACCAAUGCCGUUAUCGCCUUCGACAGAUACAAGACAAUCUCGUGCCCGCUGGAUGGAAGGAUAAACAAAGUGCAGGCUUCCAUCCUGAUUUUGUUCACCUGGCUGUGGUCGAUGCCGUUCACUAUCAUGCCGGCGCUGCAGAUUUGGGGACGAUUCGUCCCAGAGGGCUUCCUCACCACGUGUUCCUUCGACUACUUCUCCGACGACCAGGACACGAAGGUGUUUGUCGCCGCCAUCUUCGUGUGGAGCUACGCAAUCCCAAUGGCACUGAUCUGCUACUUCUACUCUCAACUCUUUGGAGCCGUACGCCUUCACGAGAGGAUGUUGCAAGAACAGGCAAAGAAAAUGAACGUCAAAUCUCUGGCGAGCAACAAGGAGGAUGCCAGCAAAAGCGUCGAGAUCAGAAUCGCUAAGGUCGCCUUCACAAUCUUCUUCAUGUUCGUAUGCGGCUGGACUCCAUACGCCAUCGUCACGAUGACCGGCGCUUACGGAGACAGGAACUUGCUGUCACCAGUUGCCACGAUGAUCCCGGCCGUUUGCUGCAAAAUCGUAUCCUGCAUAGACCCAUGGGUGUACGCCAUCAACCACCCAAGAUACAGGGCUGAGCUGCAGAAGCGCGUCCCCUGGCUGGGAGUCCGCGAACAAGACCCAGACGCGGUUUCGGCCACCACCAGCGUCGCCACCACCCAGUCCCACGCGCCCAACUCUGAAGCU